AUGCUUGCUAUUGCCAUGAAGGUUGGGAAUAAGCCAUGGCUCCCCAACUUUUGGCCCAAUCGGCGGCGGGGGCGGGGACGGGGACGAGACGACGAUGGCGGCAGCUGUAGGGGCGCUGCGGCUCCUGCUGGCCGGGCCGGGUCUGAGGAGGCGGAGACUGCAGAAGCAAGGCUGACAGUUGUGAAAACACUCAAAGAGGUUGAGUUUGGCCAGACUGAAAAGUGUGUUAGGAUCAAUUCAGUGUCCAGUGGUCUUGCAGAACAAGAUCUCGAGGUCCUUUUGAGGUCCAGUGUUCUUCCUUCAAGCCUGAUGCUGCCAAAAGUUGAAAAUGCUGAAGAAAUAAGAUGGUUUUCAGACAAAUUUUUACAUCACUUAAAAGGCCGAACACUUGUAGAACCAAUGAAUUUAAUCCCUUUUGUGGAAACUGCAAUGGGGUUGCUCAAUUUUAAGGCAGCCUGUGAAGAAACAUUAAGCACAGGAUCCCAAGUUGGCCUUCAUUUGGAUGCAGUAGUCUUUGGAGGAGAGGAUUUUCGAGCCAGCAUAGGUGCUACAAGUAGUAAAGAAACUCAUGAUAUUCUGUACGCCAGGCAAAAAAUUAUUGUCACAGCAAAGGCUUUUGGCCUACAAGCUAUAGACCUUGUGUACAUUGAUUUCCAAGAUGAAGAUGGGCUCCGUAGGCAGUCAAGAGAGGGUGCCCUAAUGGGAUUCACUGGUAAGCAGGUGAUUCACCCUAACCAAAUUGCUGUUGUCCAGGAACAGUUCUCUCCAAGCCCUGAAAAAAUAAAGUGGGCACAAGAACUGAUUUCUGCUUUUGAAGACCAUCAGCGAUUAGGAAAGGGAGCCUUUACUUUCCAUGGGAGUAUGAUAGACAUGCCAUUACUGAAGCAGGCACAGAACAUUGUUACGCUUGCCACAGCCAUCAGAAAAAAUGAUCUGUUAAAUGAAGCUCUCACCAUGUGGGCAGAGAAGCAGUUUUAAAGAAGGACUUUGGGAAAAUGUAAAUACAUCAGAGUUAAGCAGAACUCCAUUUACAUUUCCGCAGAUCUGACAUAAUUUUUCUUGCCAGACUUGCUAAUUACCACGACUAUGUAUGAUUUAAAUUAGUGCUCGCUCCAGUGCAGCCCAAUGUGCUCGUCCUCCUGGAUCCUGGAGUGAAGUCAUAUUGUUGGGUAUAUGACAUCACAAUAACGAUUACAAACCCAGCCUUAUGACUUCACUGGGGGACAGCAGCAACAUCUGGGCUGGAAUGAAAACAAGCUCUUCUAAAAUAACAAAUGAAACAAAAAUCAGGUCAAAUGAUUCUGUUUUGUCUGUGCUUUUCCCCGCCCUCAUGAUAUUUGCGGCAGAGUAGAAGUCCUCUUUCGAAGGGCAAACUCAUGCAUAAUUAUUAAAUAGGUGACACCUUAAAGAUAAUUAAUUAAUUCAUUAAUUAUCUUUAAGGUGCCAGCGGACUCCUUGUUUUUAUUAACUAGUUGAAAUUGUUGUUAUGAAAAUCAUUUAAUCUCUGUGUGAGCUUCCCCCCCCUCUUAUAAAUGUACAACAGUCAUUAAAAAAUUAA